AUGAGUAAAGAACUAAGCCUCCAGGAUCAAAUUGUAAAAACACAGAAUGACCGAGCGCGAAUUGAACCCGAGCGAUUUUAUGGUAGGAAUGGAAGAUCUACAGAGGUGGGUGGAAGCUCCAACAAAAAAAGAGACCCGUCUCCUUUUGUGAAGAGUCCAAGGCCUAGACCAGGGGCGAAUAUCAUCGACACCAUCUCGAAAGACAUUGAUAACUUGGUUUUAAAGGGGAGUGAAAGUGAUGGCAAUCAGUCAUCGUCUGAUUCUGGAAAAUCUCAUCGUAGACCAAGGCGUUCCAAUGGAACUAUAAAGACGGAAAGCUUGAAAAAAAAGAUUGCAGUAUCAGCACUACCAUAUCCUUCAGAUGGCGAUAGCAAUCUAGCGUUUCCCGCUAGACCUCCUAGCAUUCAACCAGAUCCACGACGUCCUAGAGCUAAAAAGAUGGAAAGCUUGAAAAAAAAGAUUGCAGUAUCAGCACUACCAUAUCCUUCAGAUGGCGAUAGCAAUCUAGCGUUUCCCGCUAGACCUCCUAGCAUUCAACCAGAUCCACGACGUCCUAGAGCUAAAAAGAUGGAAAGCUUGAAAAAAAAGAUUGCAGUAUCAGCACUACCAUAUCCUUCAGAUGGCGAUAGCAAUCUAGCGUUUCCCGCUAGACCUCCUAGCUCUCGAGAUCUCUCGACUCCCGCACCGCGUAGAUUGCGCAACGGCACUCCACACCCGAAGAUAGAGAGGCCCUACGUUGAAAGACCAAGUGACAAACCUAACUUUUCGCUUCCCCGAGGACGUCGCGAAGAGAAAUCAAGGCUCGAUGAUCAUAGGAGUGAUGUUGACGGUCAUCAGGAACUUAGAGCGAGCACAAAGCUCGUUACUACAAAGAUGACUCAUGAUGGAGCCAGAACUACCAGCCCGGUAUCGAUGGAAGAUCCAAUCCCGAAGAAGAAGAGUUCGAAUCGGCCACUCGAUACAACUGGGCGAGGUACUGAUCAGAGUUCCCGUACAUCAUCUCAUCGUGACCGUCCUAGUUGUCCUCGUCCUCCGCCCCGUAUACGCCAGGGUAGUGAAUUGUUCUUUAAUUGA